AUGAUCAACACUUAUAAUCAAACCCCGUUGCCUCAAAAAGAAUCUUCAACUUCAAUGAUGAAAAUGUUCAUGUGGAUUUUCACUCUGUUUUUCAUGGCGCAGAUUAUUGGGACCUGUUUUUUUGGUGUAUACUUCUACAAGAGGCUAGAUAAGAUAGAAGAGGAAAUAAAUUUAUAUGAAGAUUAUGUUCUCAUGAGAAGGAUACAGAAAUGCAAGAGAAGAGAAAACCCGGAUCCAACAUUGCUGGACUGCAAAAAGGUGGUAGCUAAAUUUCAGGACCUGAUAUCUGAGGUCACAGAAACUAACAUACCUGGAAAAAUGACAUUAACAGCACAACAAGUUGGAGAAAAGUCUAGCCAAGAUAUUAUUGUUAUGCAUGAACCUAUGAAUGUGCCUGUACAUGCUGCUUCUCUGGGUCUCCAGAACAAUCUCUUCAUUCUCCAGGAGCGUUGUGUGGCCACGCAGAAUCCCCACUCAGGUUCCACUUACUUCCCACCCACUCAAGUCUUAGCGGGGAUAACCCCACUUCUAUGUUCAGGUAGCCCUGCUCUAGAAGAGGAGACAGAGAAGGUCUCGGUUGCUAUACACCUCGUGGGAGAAAAAAGCAACAAUACAGAAGUUCUACAAUGGAUGUCGAAGGGAUAUGCAACGAUGCGCCAACAGAUAGCCUAUUCCAAUGGUAAAUUAAAAGUGGAAAUACCUGGGGUUUAUUAUGUGUAUUCACAAGUCAGUUUUUGUGUGAAUACAAAACAGUCGUCUCGAGCUCCGUUCCUGCAAUACAUUUAUUUACGCAGACAACAUGAAAUGGACAAGUUACUGCUCAAAGGAGCAAAGGCAAUACCUUCUCAGACGGGAGACUGCUCUCUGCAUUCACUUCAACAGGGAGCUGUGUUUACUCUCAAGCAAAACGAUCAACUCUUCGUCAAUGUGACAGAUUCAUCUUACAUCAAUUACAGCCCCGGCCUCACAUAUUUUGGCAUGUUUAAGCUCUGA